AUGUGGUUUGUGCACAACGAGGAGACCUACGUCUCCGACGUCGCCAGCGCUGGGGCAGAGCCAGUGAGGUUCGACGACUUCUGCGGUCGAUGGGAGGAAGUCAUUCAGGAGGACGAAGAAUGGCUGCAAAGCCAGGGCUAUUCACAGCCUGCCUUUGAUGCUUUGCCUGGGAAAGAGAAGAGCAUGAUGCUUCGGAUGAUGAUUUACAGCCUGCCAGCAGGCUGUUGUCUCGGCCGUCGCUUAGUGAAAAGCUGGAGCCAAGGUUGGUGUCCAGACGUGGUGUUGUACAACGUAAUGCUGCUGCACCCCUUCUUGGCGGCCAAACAACUCGGCAUCAGAACUGCAUCCUUCUCGACCUAUCCCGGGCCAGGAACUCCGAUGCACCUCUACGCCCAGAAGUUCGAGGAACGGGAAGCCUUUGACGAAGAGAUGGCGCAGCACCCCUCCCUGGUUCCAGCCAAUGACAUCGCCCUGAAAGUCUUCGGAAUCGAUGUGCUGAAGAGCCAGCUGCAAUGCCGCUUCUUUAGUGAUGAGGCGAACAUUGUGUUCAACAUUCCUCAACUUCAAGGUCCAGUGAACGAGUACCAGCAACGCCGCUUGGAGGGUUCCACCUUUCACUGGGUGGGCAGCACCGAUCCACAGCUCAGUGGCUUGGCUCCUCGAGUGGAGCCGGAGUUGGACUCUAAGUGCUCCAACGAGUUGCCAUGGAGUGAGGAGCCUGGAACGAAGGUCCUGUUGGUGUCCCUGGGAAGUCUGACGGUGGAAUAUCGCUGGGAGGCAGCUGAGCAUUUGUCCUCGACUGGUUGGAUCACUGGAAAGCAGUACAGCUUACGCCUUUGGUCGGAACUCCUUGAGACCUUUGGCGGACGUGAGGAUGUGCGCGUGAUUUUGUCCAUUGGCCAACGCGACGAAGCCCGAGAAGUCCUGGGUGAUCUGCCGUCCAACUUCAGGGCUCUGAAAUUCCUGGACCAGGUCUCGGCGCUCCGACGCUGCGAUGCCUUCGUGACCCAUGGCGGAGCCAACAGCAUCAAGGAGGCCACUCUGCUGGGAGUUCCGAUGAUCGUCACGCCCUUCUGUGUGGAUCAACCCACCAACGGUGAGGCGGUGGAACGCUACGGCGCGGGCGUGUGCUUCUCCGAUCUCAUGGCGACGCCCAGAGGCGAACUCUCGGAGGCCGUCAAGGUGGCCUUGGGCGACGGCCCAACGGUGCAGCAGUGGCGAGAACGAAGCCUCGAACUGGGAGAGGCCGAUGCGACGAACGAAAUGAACCGAAUGCUGUACCAUGCGGUGAGGAACAUCUUUGUGCUCAAAGAGCUGCCCACCGAGAAGACCUGUCCAAUUACACGCUACAUGUGCGACUAUUGCAAGUAG